UAAUUUCUACACCGUGAGCCACUGACUGCACAACAAGUUCUAACUUCUAAUCAUUUGGGUACUGAACAAAAAAGGGUUGAAGAAAAAUUGGAACUUGUGGCCUCUCACUCUCUCAGUGUGGCUCAGAUGAGCGAUUCACAGGCCAGAGACGAAUAAGAAAGAGAACGAGAAGAUGGGUACCGGGUCGGAUUCCAAUGGAUGGAACCGUGCUCAAGGGUUGGCCGUCAAGACUCUGCUACUAAUUGGUGGUGCACUUCUCGUUAAACGCCUCCGUAAGUCCACAACACGCUGGGACCAUGCUCGUUUUGUGACUCAGUCCCUCACCGGCGAAAAGUAUUCAAAGGAGCAAGCUUGCAGAGACCCUGAUAACUAUUUCAAUAUUAGAAUGCUUACAUGCCCAGCAGCAGAGCUAGUAGAUGGUUCAAAGGUUCUGUAUUUUGAACAGGCCUUUUGGAGGAGUCCACAAAAACCAUUUCGGCAGAGGUUUUUUAUGGUGAAACCUUGUCCAAAAGAGUUGAAAUGUGAUGUUGAGUUAAGUACAUAUGCCAUUAGAGACAUGGAGGAGUACAAGAAUUUCUGUGAUCGACCAAGGGAUCAGCGUCCACAGCCAGAAGAAGUCAUUGGGGAUAUUGCAGAACAUUUGACAACAAUACAUCUUAAGCGUUGUCCCCGUGGAAAACGUUGCUUAUAUGAAGGUUCAACCCCGCCUGGCGGAUUUCCUAAUUCUUGGCAGAAUGGAGCAACCUACUGUACUUCAGAACUUGCAGUUAUGAAGAACAAUGAGAUACAUACCUGGGAUAGGGGUUAUGAUGAUGAUGGAAAUCAAGUUUGGGGACAAAAAGAUGGUCCUUACGAGUUCAAAGCUGCACCAACAUCCAGUUUUACUGAUAUGUUUUCUCCCUUGAACUUCCCCCCUCCACCAUCCAUGGAGAGAAGAAUAGAGGGUUCAUUUAUUUUGCAAGAAUGAAGGCGUUUCGUAAAACCACAAUGUGUAUUUCUGCUACUGUAGCUGUCUGUCAAUAUAAUGUCUUCCUCGUAUGUUAGUCAUUUCUAUCAUGUCAAUAUUUUGAUUUCAGUUAAAAGCAAUAGGCCAAUAAUUUUGGGGUCAAAGUUGGAUGGAUAAUUCUAGUAUAUCUUUGAAGAGAUAGAGGGGCUUAUAGUUAUGACGAGGCCGAAAAGCUUAGUAUUGAGAAAAUGCAUAAUAUGCGCCUACAAUUGUAAUGCCAGAAUCGUCUUUAGAGAAUGUAUUACUAUAAUUUUUGACUUUCUUGGGGAAGAAAUUCUUAGAAACCUAUUGUUUUCCAUGUGCUUGUCAUUGACCUUAACGUCGUAUUUUCUGC